UUUUAAUUUUUUUUUGGGGGGCGGGGGGAGGGAGCUAGGGUUUAAAUUGGGGGUUGGGCGGAGAGAGAGAGGGGGAGAUGGUGUCGGACCAGGAGAUAGCGAGCUGUGUGGAGUCGCUGCUCCGUCAGACCGCCGUUAGCUCCUCCGCCGCCGCCGCCGCCGCGGCGCCAGCCACCACCGUCACAGUUAACGGCGUGGUGCGCCAGCUGGAGGCCAAGCUCGGGCUCGACCUCUCCCACAAGGCCGCGUUCAUACGCGACCAGAUCGACCUCCUCCUCCGCCCCCCAAAAGACCAUUUUGCCCUCGCCCCCCAAUUCCACCACCCCCACCACUUCCCCCACAAGUUCUCCCACCACCCAUUCCCCCCUCCGCCCGCCUCCGGCCGC